UUCUGAAACGGAAGAAGGAUCUCAGGAGUUUCUGAUUUCUCUUUUAAUAAAUACCAAAAGUCAAAAUCGGAUCUUCGUGUAUAUAAUUGUUCAUUUCCUUGAAAACGGUUACAGAAUUAGGGUUUUGUUUCUUCUCUCUCGCCGAUUGAUCUUGAAAUGUCUUCCCCAAUUAUAAUUAGGGCACCGAAGAAGCAACCGCCGGAGCCGCCAUGUCUGAUUUCGUUACUCCCCGAAGAAAUCGUCGUCGAUAUCGUAGCCCGUGUCCCUAGAUGCUAUUACCCUACUCUCUCCCAAGUUUCAAGGCGUUUCCGAUCACUCGUCGCUUCUCCGGAGAUUUACAAGAGACGAUCCUUCUUCGGAUGCACAGAACAAUGUCUCUACAUCGCAAUCUCCAAAGAUCAAACCUCUGAUAUCCAUUGGUUUACUCUGUGCCGGAAACCUAACGGACAACAAUUCUCCGGCACCACCGCCUCUGAUCAUCGCCUGGUACAUAUCCCCACUCUCCCUCCUAUGCCUAUGCAUGGAAGCUAUGUUGGCAUUGGUUCGAACAUCUUUGUGAUGGGUGGAUUUUGCAAUUGGAAGAUCACAUCGAGUGUUUCGCUCAUCGAUUGUCGAACUCACACUGCUCAGACUCUCCCUAACAUGCCCAAGGCCGUUGCUUUUCCCGUCACAGAGCUCAUUGAUCGGAAGAUUUAUGUAAUCGGAGGAUCAGAUACGCUCUCGCCGAUGAAAUCUCCGUCAAGAAUUAUGAUGGUGUAUGAUACAGAUACCGAAAUGUGGCAACUUCGGGCGAGGCCAGAUUGGGAGGCAGGGAAAAAAUGGUUUAGCAGUGUGGUUAUAGGAGGUAAGAUUUACAUGAGGACUUAUCACAAUAGCUUUGUUUGCGAUCCGAAUGAUACAAGUUGCGAUAGAGAUGAGGUUUUGCAUUCUAAGGAGUGGUGGAGUGCGUGUGUGAUAGAUGAUGUCUUGUAUUACUAUGAUGUUCGUGAGAAUUGUUUGAGAGCUUAUGAUCCAAAGCAGAGAGCUUGGGGAGUCGUUAAAGGUUUUGAAGGAUUGUUGCCUGUGGCUUGUAAGUGGUCCAAAACUGUGAGUUACACCGGUGGGAAAUUGGUUCUGUUCUUGCAGAAAACAGAGAAAACAGAGAUUUGGUGUGCGGAAAUCGCAGUGGAAAGACGCGAGGGUGGAGAGAUUUGGGGUAAAGUGGAGUGGUGUAAUGUUGUGCUUAGUGGGAAUUUUCACAUAAUGGAUUGUGUAGCUGUUGUGCUCUGAUCUUGUGUUGUAAUAGACUUGUGUCCCCUGCUUGUUCUUGUGUGUUUUACUAGCUUAUGAAUGUUCUUCCCUGGAAUCUUCUUUUUAUUAGCGUAUGUUUGUAUGGUAUACUGUUGUUGUGUUUGGUGGGGGAAAUCUUACUUACAUUUGUUAAUAGAGUCCCUCUCCUGCU